AUGUCAGGGACAGAUAAUCCUCAUAAAUUACAGCAGCCAUCAUAUAAUGACAAAAGAAUUGUAUUGAAUAAAGCUAAUUUGAUAGAACCGAUUACUAGACAUCGAAUACAAGACUCAAUAUUUUACAAACAACAUCUUUAUUUAACGAAUGAAGCAACUAUCUUACCUUGUAUAGUGCGAGAAGUCAGAUACAUAGGGGGUGUCGAUAGUAAUACCCGUCCAUGCCCAUUUUUUUGUUGUCUAUUACGAUUACUUGAGCUAGAACCUCCGCCUGCUAUUAUUAGACUAUAUCUUGAUCAAUUGGGUUUUAAUGAAUUCAAAUAUUUGACUGCCCUUACACUAAUGUACAUUAGGUUUGCAUGGUCCAAUGAAGAUAUUUACAAGAUCUUCGACAAGUACUAUUCGGACUUCAGAAAGUUAAGGUUCCAUUUGAAAACACCGAUAUUUAACGAACAUAAUAUUGCAAUAAAGUUUGAAGUACGUCAUAUGGAUGAGUGGGUAGAUUCCUUGUUAUCAGAGGAGAGAAUAUUGGGAUUAAUUUUACCGAGGUUGGUUCCUCGAUACAAUCUAGUAGAAAAAAGGCUCUUGGAAGAACGAAAAUACAACAUAAGCAGCGAUGAAGAUGUGCUUGACCAUGAGGAAAGUAGUUACGAAAGUGAUAGUGACUGA